AUGCGCUUCCGGAGAUAUUAUCUAAUCAAAUCAAUCAUACCACAGCACCAGCAAGUGAGGGUUAAGUUCGAAGGGUGCAAGCAUGACCUUUUAAUCCACACACGUGAUCCAAUCAACAUUGAUCAUAAGUUUCCGUCUCAUUUCUUCCCCAGAUACAUUCCAACGCGCCUGUGGGGAUUCAGCGGUCACUUCCAGACAAUAAUUCACAGCAUCGUGGGCCGCGUGAAAUGCCCCUGGCCACUGGGAGAACGCGUCUAUCUCUCACUUUCGGACGGAUCAACGCUGACGUACGACCUAUACCAGCCGCUAAUAAACUCUAUGGAAGAUGACAUCACGGUGGCCAUCUGCCCGGGAAUAGGAAAUUCGUCCGAAUCGGUCUACAUUCGCACCUUCGUUCACUAUGCACAGUGCCAUGGCUACCGGUGUGCCGUGCUUAACCACAUCGGUGUGCUUGAUAGCGUUCAGGUGACGUCCACUCGGAUUUUCACCUACGGCCACACCGACGACUACUCGGCGAUGAUUACCAACCUGCUGAAAAAAUACCCGACGACCAACAUCGUUUCGGUUGGAUUCUCGUUGGGCGGUAAUCUCAUAUCCAAGUACCUGGGCGAGGCAGCCCGGCCGGAGAACAUCAUCGGCGGAGUUUCGAUCUGCCAAGGCUACAAUGCUGUGAUCGCUACGCAGUGGCUACUCAAGUGGCAGAACUUCCACCGGUUCUAUCUGUACGUUCUGACGGAGAACGUGAAGAGCAUCAUCAUGAAGCAUCGGCACGUGCUGCUGUCCGACGACAUCAAGCAGCGGUAUCAGCUGAACGAACGGGACAUUGCGGCGGCCGCCACCCUACCGGAACUGGACGAGGCCUACACCCGAAGGGUGCACAAUUUCCAGAACGUCAAGGAGAUGUACAGUUGGAGCAGUUCGUUGAACUACCUGGGGAACAUUAGGCGCCCGAUGGUGUUUGUGAAUGCGAGGGAUGAUCCGCUGGUGCCGGAUAUGCUGCUGGAACCGAUCAAGCAGUUUGCAACCACCCAAAACCAAUCGCUCUACAUCGAACUCGCCAACGGUGGCCAUCUCGGUUUCUACGAAGGUGGUCUCAUCUACCCGAAUCCGGUAACCUGGCUGGAUCGGGCCCUAGUGGCGCUGGUCGGCGGUAUCGUCAUGUCACACAACGACCUACUGGUGGCGAAACGGACCGCAACCGUUAUCUAAGAUUCACUAGCAUUCCCUUCGCCAUCAUCGUUAUCCUACGGCGACGGUACCGCCAUCAAUCGCCUCUUCGAAUGGUUCGGUCGAUGGGCUAUGCCACUGGUGGCCGUACCGCCCACACCUUCACUGCGGAGCAUCCUUGCCGGUUUGCUGAAGCAACUCCUGUCGAUAGCGCUUCUACGAACCCGCCGCAGCGAAUCAUUGCUGCAACCAACCACUCCGGCCUCAACGCCCGCGGAAGUAACCACCUACGAAGCAACGUAAGUCCUCAAGCAAAAUUGUGUUCUUUCAUUUCAUCCAAACCAAUCAGAAAAAGAACGGCGAAGGGAAUGGACCAGGGGGAUGAAACUCAGCCUAAGUACGAAUCGGACACCGAGCAGCACAAUAAGUACACCUCCACUCCACCUUUGGAAGGAAACAAAAUUUUAAACGUUUGAUGAGAAUGACAACAAAUAUCGACCGUAUUAAGUCGCUAAAUUAGCUAGAGAACAACGUAGAACGUUUUUUUUCGGGUGCCCUCAGUUUUUACACAACAGAAUACUGAUAAUGCGAAAUUAAGCGAAUGAAUUGAAAAUUGCGUCGUUUUUUUAUACACAAUUAUAGGUUUUGCGCUAGGGUAAGUCAAAGCGCGUUCCUUAAUGCGAGUACAUACAUACGUUUAAUCCUGUGUAUUGAUAAGUAUUCAUUGGUAGGUUAAAACAGAAAUACAAAUAAAAAUCAAACAAAAUACUGGAUCUAAACCAGGAACCGUG